AUGAAUAUCCGAUGGCUUCAAGGCUCAGCUUCCGAGCUUCAAACAAUCCCCGAACUCGCUACCAAGGAGGUUGAUCUCAUAAUCCUUUCCGCUGGAAGUUUCAGUCACUUAUAUGAGCCGGGUCAGCCGGAGGAGUUCCUCAAUCAAGUGGCUCUGGUCCUGAAGCCGGAGACCGGGCGGGCGUGUAUCCCACUCGCAAACUCCUUCAUUCCUAAAGGUGGUCGUGAAGCCCAGUUGCCUGAUAUUGAUGCGCCACAGCAGCUGGUCAGUAAGGAAUUCCCGAAUGUUGUUUAUCAGACUAGUAUCGUCGGUGGCAAGACGGUUGGGAGCACCUAUCAUGAGAGACGUGACAUGUUUGUGACCAGGAAGCUGGAGGACGGCAACGAACCGGUCAUUGAGAGGAAUUGUGUUUCAACACCAGUGAGAUUGUGGUGUGUGAAUGAAUUUAUGGAAAUGGCCUGCAAUGCUGGCUUCAAUGUUGUUCAGCAUUUGCAAGGGCAAGAAGAGACGUACUUUACAACUUCUUGGCAAGGCUUAAACAUGGACGGCUCUCUCUGGGACGGCUCUCUCUGCAUGAUAAUGAGACGGCUUUUCAAUAUCUUAUCAAAGAAAAUCAGGUAG